UGCUGCACGUGUAGUGUAUAAUUGUUUUUUUUCUAACACUGUAUAUUCGCUUCGCACACUUGAUUAAAAACUAAAAUUCGGGAUAGAGCAUUCAGUUACAAUGAAGUGGACUACCGCCAAUAUCAAGCACGCAAACUACACUGAAAAGCACGAACUGUUUGUGGGAACACACACUGGCUCCUUUAAAUAUCUGGUGCCUGCUUCUGAAAAGUCGCCACAUGGUCAGAGAAAUUUGGGCGAUCUUGGCACCCUUGGCAAGGACUCUCGGGUCACAUCACUGGCCUUUGGCAACGAAGCCCAGACGGAAAUCCUUCUUGGGCGAGCUAAGACCGAAGUGGAGCUUCACCAUUUUCUCGAUGGUAGGGACUCCAGGCAAACAGUUGUCUUUAACGACGCUCCGAUCGUUGGACUGGCACGGUACAAUGACAAAUUAAUUGCCGGCAUUGGCAAUGGACAGAUACAGAUCCUUAAGAUGCAGGCGGAGGAGAAGUCCGAGGCCGUUGUUAUUGCUACAGGCAACCAUAUGGAUCACCUGCGCCAGUGCGUGCAGGUCAGGAGCAUUGUUGCCACUGGCGGAAAGGAGCGUCAAAACAAUUUAAAGGUGUACGAUCUGAGCUCCGACGGCAAGCAGAUCUUCAGCUCCAAAAACCUGCCCAACGAUUUUCUCCAGUUGGAGGUACCCGUCUGGGACAGCGACAUCGGCUUUGUGGAUGGGCCCAGUGUGCUGGCUACCUGCUCGCGAACCGGCUACGUUCGCCUUUACGAUACGCGCAAGCAGCGUCGUCCAGUCGCAUAUUUUGCUAGCGAGGAACACGGAAUGAGUUUUUCAACUUUAGUGGCCCGGGGAUAUUUUAUUUACACUGGCACCACAAUGGGCGUUUUAAAAGCCUUCGAUACUCGACGCAUGAAAACACAUGUGCACACUUAUAAGGGAUUCACUGGUGGGAUCAGUGAUCUUCAUCUAGAUACCACCGGGCGGUACCUAAGCUCUGCCAGCCUUGACCGAUAUGUUCGCAUCCAUGACGCCGAAUCUACAGUGCUUCUCUACCAAUGUUACGUCAAAUCGAAGGCCACCAAAAUUGUUAUUCGUCAGCUGGAAAGUGAGCGAAAGAUUCAUGAACAGUCUAAUGCUGAUUCAGAUCUAGAUAUCGUUAUUAACGAGAGGCAAAAGAAGAUCAUUAGCGCAACACCAGUAGACAAUGAAUACGAGGCCAUGUUCAAUCAGAUGCCCACUGUUGGCGACAGCGAUGAUGACUUGGAAGGAGCAGAAAUAGCACCUACCAAACAAUCAAAGGACAAGCUGAAACGGAAGUCCGUCUUCCAGUCACAAAGGACAAAAAAAAGAAAAGAUGUUCAAACUUGAAAAACUUAAUUUUAAAAGAAUUAAUAACGUGUUGAGGUUAUUUUAACGUCUUUAUUUAAAAUGGGUCCAGUUGAGCUGAUGGUUUGGUCACCGAGCAGGAGGGAAUAUGUAACUUCGCAAACCCACUAAAUUUGUUAAAGUGAAUCUUUGUAAAUUUCAGCGUUAUUCCAAGAGCUUUUCAAUCCAACAAUGUUACCAACUAUCAUUCUUAUGAUCUUCUCCAAUAUAGUACAUAAUUAGUUCGAGUUUUCUUAAUCUAGUAUUUUAUAGAACCUAGUAUUGUUAGAAUCUAGUAUAUUGUAGUAAAUUUGCUGGGGGUAAGUUAUUAGCAAUGUGAGUUCUGAUGUGCCCUUUAUCACAGCUUUCGGUAGUCACGGAUCACAACGAACAUAGAAUUAAUACAUAUGUAAUGAAAUAACCAAACAUUCCCUGGGUAGAAGCGCUGCAGACCUUCAAUAAAUCUAUAAAAUUGCAA